AUGUCAACGCAGACAAAUCAAGCGCGUAACGUAGUUGGGUUCGAGGUAUCGGAUAUUGGGGGUCUUCGGAGAGUGUUUGCAAAACCAACUUUUAACAGUGAAAAAUUUGCGAAAAAUGUAUCCAAAAAUGGAGAUACGGCUACUAGCAAUAUGCUGGAAAAAGUUAACAUUAUAUCCUCUGAAGCUGCCAGCAAGAUGAAACGUGCAGUUUUUGAAAAUUACAAACUGUUUAUUAAGGCUGGUAAAGCCGCUAGCCAAUUAGAAAACACAAUGCACCAAAUUCACAACGAAUUUACUGAGAAGCAACGUGUAAUGAAUACUCUUACUGAGCUAUCUUUAUUUAACGACAUUAUUACUGAUGUAUCUGCUUCAGAACGUGCUGUGUCCAUAUCACAGGUUGAUGAAAAAACUGAAAACUUACCCUGUAGUGAGCAUUCUGGAAUUUCGGCAACCCAAUUGGCCGAACUGGUAGAGGGAGCUUCCGUUUUGGUCGGGGAUUCAAGUCGUCGUGUUAUAUUUGAUGGGGAUCUGCGCGAAUUAAGUAUGAAUGAUUUCACUUUUGUUUGCAUGGCUCGGGUCUUUGUAUUAACAGAUACUUUGGUUAUUGCAUAUCACAGUCAAUCUGGUUCCUCGUACCCAUAUCGUCUUCAGUCAACGUAUGAUUUGAACAACUUUGCUGUGGCUAAUUUUCCUCCCAUGGAUCGCCUUCAAACUCCAAAUAAUGCGUUUAAAUUAAUAGUUUUUCCUACUAAUCGUCUUUUCCAAACUGAAACGCCCAGUGACAAGAAACGUUGGUUAACAUUAUUGGAUGAAGCGAUGCGUAAAUAUCGAAAUACUAAUUCGUAUGUUGCAUCAAAUUUAAAAUCCGAUUCCCAUAUUACUACAAAUUCUUAUGACGUUUUGGAUCACAAUUCUAUGAAGUUGAGUAUGUUACCUCCAAAGGUAUCUGCUGAAGCUGUUGUUGCUGGUCAUAAAGCUUUGUCUUCCACUUUACCUGAUUGUGUAGACCUUUUAACACCUAUCGAUAAAUUGGAUUUGUCUGCUAAAAAAAAUCCUUUUGAUGAUUCCCAUGAAACUGUUAAAUCUCCCAUGGCAAAAGUUGGAAGUCAUAAAUCUCGACAUAAUUGGUUAUGGGAUGUACCAGAAGAUUUAGAUGUAGCAAUUUCUGAACGAAAUUUUCAACGUGCUACUAAUUUAAUUGUAAAAGCUAAAGAAUCAUUAAAUCAAAUACUGACUGGAGAUAUAUCAAAACCAUCUAUGGAUACAAAUAUACAGUCAUCUAAUUCUAGUACACCAGGUCAAAUAUCUGAUACUGUUGAUCAUAGAUCUAAAACAGAUUGGGAGAAAUUAUCUAAGCGUAUUGAACGUAACGAACGAAAUCUUACAGAAUCUUUGCAAUAUGAAUUAGUAUCAGCAGCUUGUAGACAUGGCGCUCCUAAAUCCGUGAAAGCAGCUGUUUCUCAAUUAGGUUUACUUGGUAAAGCAUCUCUUGCAGCUGAAUUAUUUCUAGUUUAUCGUUCACAAGUAAUGACAAAGUCUUUAACACAUGGUGUACAUCAAGAGGGCAAUCAAUUAAUCUAUUUAAAUAAAUUAUCGCUUACUUUCCAUCGUAAUUUAGCUGAAACAGCUGUAGAAUGGUGUCAAAGUGUAGUUAAACCGUUGGGUGAAAUUCUUGCCUCAAAAACUAAUGGUAUAUCACCGCAACAAUUUGAAAAUAUCUGUUCUUUAAAAUUUUAUAGUUGGACAUUGGAUGAGACCGAGAAAUUCGGUCAACAACUUCGUGUUCUACUGAUCGAUAGUCAUGCAGUAUCAUUUUAUUCGAUGGCUUAUGCUGCUCAACGAAUUAAGGCACAUGCUGAUAAGCUUACUGAAUUACUGAGUGUUGAUAUUUCUUCUACUCUCAAUCGAAGCUUAUCACGUGCAUGGAAACGUGCUGCUGAUGAACAGUCACGUUUACUCUGUGAAGCUGUUGAAAAUCGUGCAAAACAAGAAUCUUGGGAAACUUUAUCAAAUCUACCUAAAGGGGAACAAGAUAAAAUCAUUGCAGAUCUAUUGGAAUUUGGAAUACUCAACCAAUAUACCGCAGCUGAUUAUGGUUUAAAAUUAACAAUGAGUACAUAUUACCUAAUUCGGUCUCUACGACAAUUUAUUCAAAGUGUCCAUCUAUUAAAUUGUUCCGAGUUAGAUUUAACUUUAAUAUCGUGUUUCGUACAAACAUUAAAUUCAGAACUUGAUUGUUUUGAACGUGUUUCACCUAUUGAUAUUUCUGAUCCGGCUAGACAAUCUAUCAUUAUAAUCAAUUUAGAAUUUUUAAUCAAGACCAUUGUGCCCAAAUUUGGUAAUAUUUUAAAUUGUCCCGAAAAUUCAACUAUCCAACAACUGGUCUCCAGUUUGAAAACGUCACUUCAAAAUAUUAAAGGUUUAGAAGAGGAAGAAACAGUGGUGGUGACGACGGCGGCGAAAAAAUCGAAUGUUGUUGUUGACGAAGAAGGAGGUGAUGUUAUAUAA